UUCCUCACCAUCGUCAACUCGACAACAACAAUUUAUCUUUCAAUUACAAAUAAUUCCUGCUUCGAAGGCAUAAAGAAGAACAAAGACGAGAAGAUGGCAAUGAUCCCAAGCUUCUUCAACAACCGAUCACGAGACAUCAUCUUCGACCCGUUCUCUUCUUUCGAUCCAUUCAAGGACUUCCCUUUCCCUUCAUCUCCCCUCAUCCCUCGCGAGAAUUCAGCUCUCGUUAACACUCGCAUUGACUGGACAGAGACCCCAGAGGCCCAUGUAUUCAAAGCAGAUCUCCCGGGGCUUAAAAAGGAGGAAGUGAAAGUCGAGAUCGAAGAUGACAGGGUGCUUCAAAUUAGCGGGGAGAGGAACGUGGAGAAGGAAGACAUGAAUGAUACAUGGCAUCGUGUUGAACGUAGCAGUGGCAAGUUCUUGAGAAGGUUCAAACUGCCUGAGAAUGUCAAGACAGAUCAAGUCAAGGCUGGUAUGGAAAACGGGGUGCUUACUGUCACUGUGCCUAAGAAGGAAGUCAAGAAACCAGAUGCCAAGAAGACUAUUGAAAUCUCCGGUUAAAAAAAACAAGAUUACAUUUUUUUCUUCCAACGUACGUGUUUAGUAGAGCUUUAAUCCUUUAAAUGCUAAAGAAUCAACUAGCGGCCGAUUUAUCAUCAUGUUUCUUAUACACAAAUACUUGAUGUAUAAGAUUCAGUCUUAUUUAAAGUAAUAAUUUGACUUUAGUUA